AAUCGUCCCCGAUCCACCAUUCCACUAUACCUUGCUAGCGCAGUAAAGCUAAGUAAUGAAGCCUCGCAAUAUCUUUUUAAAAUACAGUCUUCUUCACUUCACAAGUUUGUUCUCUUAACCUCCAUCUCUGGACUGUGCGAGGGCACAAGUCACGGCUUUCAUCUUGCCUGCUGCGUUCCAACCUCCUCAACCCCGCAACCUCUCGAGUCCUCGAAACGGUUUCGAUUGGAAAAUGUUGGGCAAAUGCGAAGGUCCAAUAUGGCAGGUUGAUGACAUAACGAACUGCGUGCAGAGAGAUUUCUUAAAAGUUCUUUUUCCAUUAAUCGUAAUCGGUCUCUCCUUCGUGCAUCUCUUAUCACAAGCUAUCCGCCGCAAUGUCAAGUUAAAACGAAACACGAAUCCCAAUGCCUCUGCGAACGGCUCGAGUCGAAGUAGAGAUUUCAAUGGUGCAGCAUAUCAGAGUGUACCUGCAGACGAGAAUGGAUCCACAACUGCAGACGAGGACGAAGAUGAGGGCUUGACCAUAGGUGGGGGGCGCCUGGCCUUGACAAAGACAACCACCAAAGGAUCCGUUGCCGCCAUUGAUGCUCCUCGAGGACAAUAUACGUUGGUAGUCGUUGAACUUUUGGCAAUCGCGGUGAUAAUUACUAUCAAUGUGGUGGCGUUGGUUUUACAUGCGUACGGCCCUAAUGGAUCACUUGCAACGGUGGCGGGGAUCAUAACAUGGGCAUAUGUUUUGGUACUGGCGACCUCGAGAUUGCUAUUGUCCCAGACACGAUGGAGAAUACCGAGGGUAUGGAACCAUACUGCGACUCUGUAUGGCCUCAUGUGGCUCUUCUCUCUUAUCAUUUUCCGGUCUGCGCUCAUUCAUCCACGUUCGAGAACCGCACAGGCUCUGAUCAUCUCCGAAUUCUCUCUAAAUACCCUCCUCUUCGGAAUUGCUAUUACUACGAGGAAGGGGAAUAAGGCUGUUGUGUUGGAGUGGGAAAACGACAUUGAGCCUUCUCGAGAGCCUCUCGCGAGUUUAUUCUCCCUGGCUACCUUCGGCUGGGUUGAUGCAAUUGUAUGGCAAGGCUACAAAAAGACAUUCGAGAUCUCAGAGGUCUGGAAUUUGGUGCCAAAGGAUAAGGCAGCGGCAGUCUUGGCUGAUUAUCGACAACUGAAGAAGACCACUGCUCUGACAUGGCAUCUCAUGAGAUACUUCAAAGGAAGUCUCCUCACCCAAUGCGGUUUUGCUGUCUUUUCCGGUUUCUUUACGUUUGCCCCAACUUUGUUGCUGAAGUCCAUUUUGGAAUACAUCGAGGAUCCUGGAGCAGCUCCUCGGAAUGUCAUUUGGCUCUAUGUGAUCCUGCUUUCGUUCACAGAUAUCAUUCGAUCUUAUGCCGAUGGACAAGCACUUUGGCUUGGACGCAAGAUUUGCAUUAGGUUACGGGCCAUUAUCAUUGGUGAGAUUUAUGCAAAGGCUCUGCGACGAAAAGCUGCAGCUGGAAAUGAUACAGUUCUGGGCGAUAAGCAGGACGCGGAAGAUGCUGCGAAAACCAGCAAAUUGAAGAAGCUCUUAGGGCUCGGCGGAAAGAAGACGAAGGAUGUCAAAAAGCCGGAUCCGGACCCCACCACGGCUCCAGAUGCAGAUCCUGCAGCAAAGGGUCACGACGAGCAAGUAAAUGUUGGCACAAUCAUCAACCUGAUGUCCGUUGACUCUUUCAAAGUCAGCGAGAUCACGGCAUACUUGCAUUUCCUCUUCGCCGCGGCCCCUACCCAGCUUAUCGUAGCAGUCUACCUGCUGUAUAAAAUCCUUGGAUACAGCAGCAUUCCUGGACUUAUUGUCAUGGUUAUUCUCUUGCCAGUCAACAUUGCUUUCGCCCGAGGUUUUGGCAGGUUUCAGAAGAAGAUCAUGGCUGCCACAGACAAGCGUAUCCAUACGACCAACGAGGUGUUGCAGAACAUUAGAAUCAUCAAGUUCUUUGCAUGGGAGCAUCGCUUCAGCAAUAUCGUAAACGACAAGCGUGCAGCCGAACUGAAGGCUUUGCGGGGUAAGUACAUCCUUUGGGCAUUUGCCGUGGCUGUUUGGAACACAGUUCCGGUGGUCAUCACUUUUUUUUCUUUCCUCGUUUAUACGUUGGUCGAGAAGAAGCCGCUUUAUCCCUCGAUUGCAUUCACUGCAAUAUCACUCUUCAACAUCCUCCGUGUUCCUCUUGACCAGCUUGGAGACAUGAUUGCACAUGUCCAAGAGUCCAAGGUCUCUGUGGAUCGUGUUGAAGAAUUUUUGAAUGAAGAGGAGACCGAGAAAUAUGAACAACUUCGCCACGAUAAUCUCGACGAAGAUGGAAAGCAAAUGAUCGGCUUCAAGGCCGCCACUUUCUCUUGGGGUGGCAAGGAAGCAGUGGGUGAAGAGGUCUCUCCGGCUUUCCGUCUCAUGGAUGUGGACAUCAAAUUUGAGAUCGGCAAGCUAAACAUCAUUGCUGGCCCAACUGGAUCUGGCAAGACCUCUCUUUUGAUGGCCCUCCUCGGAGAAAUGACCUUGAUAAAGGGAAAAGUCUUCCUACCUGGUGGAUGCAGCCGUGAGGAUGUUCGGCCUGAUCCAGAAACUGGCCUUACUGAAAGUGUUGCCUACUGCGCACAGCAAGCUUGGCUUGUUAAUGCGAAUAUCAAGGAAAACAUCUUGUUUGCUGCACCAUUUGACGAGAAAAGAUACAAGGACGUCAUUGUGGCUUGCGCUCUUGAGCGCGAUCUCGAGAUUCUAGAUGCAGGCGAUGAGACUCUCGUUGGAGAGAAGGGUAUCACUUUGUCAGGAGGUCAAAAACAACGAAUCUCUCUCGCGCGAGCACUAUACUCGAACUCGAAGCAUGUUCUUCUGGAUGACUGUCUCAGCGCAGUCGAUUCGCACACCGCGAAAUGGAUCUUCGAUAAUUGCAUUCGUGGCCCACUUAUGCAUGGAAGAACUUGCCUCUUGGUGACGCACAACUUGGCUCUUUGUGUGCCUCAAUCGAGAUAUGUUGUCCUUCUUGACAAUGGAAAGAUCGAAGUUCAAGGACCAGCUGACGAGGUUAUGGCGUCGGGAAAGCUUGGCGAAGAUGUCAACAAAUCAAGGCCAGGAUCUGCAGCUAUCUCGAGAAUCCCAUCUAGAGUACCCUCGAGUGUUGGCGAUGAGAGUAACGAGACUCUCGUUGAUGAUGCCGCUGCGAAUGGCAACGGCAAUGGGAAGCUCACCAAAGUCAAGAGCGUACAAAAGGAACCCAAACUCAAGAAGGAUGCUAUGGAAGAAACCAAGGCCGAAGGUGGGGUCAAAUGGCCUGUAAUCGGCCUCUACUUGAAGUCUAUGGGACCUUGGUGGUUUUGGGUGCUUGCGGUCCUUGUCUUUGGAGUUCAACAGAUUGGAGCACUGGCGGCCAACGUCUGGAUCCGGCAAUGGGCGAACCAAUACGAUACGGAAUCGAUGGGGGCAUACAGCGUGUCUGUCAACAGCUACAUUGGCAACACAAUCUCGACGGUCAACGUGGCAAGCUCCCGGAUCUCCCAGAUCCAGCCGUAUUUCGACCCAAACAAGACAUCCCUCAUCGCGAAAAUUGCACCAGACGUAGAUGUCUCAUACUAUCUUGCAGUCUAUGCCCUCAUUGGCAUUGCUUGUAUGCUUGUUGCGCUAUUCAGGGACUUCUGGCUGUUCUUUGGUUCCCUGACAGCUAGCUGGAAAAUACAUCAGCGUUUGAUGCACUCGGUCACGCGUGCGAAGUUCAAGUUCUUCGAUGUCACACCCCUAGGCCAACUCAUGAACCGCUUCAGCAAGGACUUAGAAGCCGUGGAUCAAGAAGUGGCUCCAAUUGCCAUUGGAGUUAUGUCUUGUGCUUUGGCAAUUGUUGUGACGGUCGCCCUGAUCUCGGCCAUUACGCCUGGCUUCCUAAUCGCUGGUGUCUUCAUUGGCGCGAUGUAUUUCUUCGUUGGGAAGUUCUACCUGCGGUCCUCGAGAGAUCUGAAGAGAAUCGAGUCGGUGCAGAGAAGUCCUUUGUUCCAGCAAUUCGGGGAAACGCUCUCUGGAAUCACAACAAUUCGUGCUUAUGGAGACGAAAGACGAUUCAUCCGCGACAACAUGAUGCGAAUCAACACCCAUAGCCGGCCAUUCAUCUUCCUAUGGGCUACUAACCGUUGGCUAGCCUUCAGAAUCGAUGUUAUUGGUGAUCUCGUUGCUUUCUUUGCUGGAGCUUUCGUCGUUUUCAGUAUUGGAACGAUCGAUGCCGGCUCUGCUGGUUUGUCAUUGAGUUAUGCAAUCAGUUUUACUGAGAACGUUCUCUGGCUCGUCCGGUUAUACGCGAUGAAUGAGCAGAACAUGAACUCGGUGGAGCGUAUCAAGGAGUACCUUGAUGUCGAGCAAGAAGCCGAGCCGGUUAUUGAGAAAGCCCGACCGGCCGCCAACUGGCCGAGUCAGGGUUCAGUUCAAUUUAUUAACUAUACAACGAGGUACAGACCGGAUUUGGAGCCGGUGCUUAGAAAUGUCAGCUUCAAAAUCAAGCCUCUGGAGAAAGUGGGGAUUGUCGGCCGAACAGGUGCAGGAAAGAGUUCUUUAGCUCUAGCGCUGUUCCGGGGCCUGGAGGCGGAAGAAGGAAAGAUCCUGAUCGAUGAUGUUGACAUCGGUCUCAUUGGUCUUCAAGACCUCAGAGAGUCAAUUACGAUCGUGCCGCAAGAUCCGACGUUAUUCACUGGUACGAUCCGGAGCAAUCUCGACCCGUUCAGUCUCUUCACAGAUGAAGACAUCUUCACUGCAUUACGAAGAGUUCAAUUGAUCGGAGCGCCGACUUCGAUCACCAAUCCAUCGACUCCAUUGACAGCUUCCCGGCCCGCAACACCGGGCGUUCAAGUCAAUGGGACUCUCCACAGUCCUACUGGGACAUCCUCACCCAUACCUAACAAAAAUGUAUUCCUCAACCUCUCCUCCCCGGUCACGGAGUCGGGCAACAACCUCUCACAAGGCCAGCGCCAACUCCUAUGUCUCGCGCGAGCCAUGCUCAAGAAUCCGAAAGUGUUGAUGAUGGACGAGGCCACGGCAUCUAUCGACUACAACACAGACUCCAAGAUCCAAGAGACGAUCCGCGAGCUCAAGAGCACCAUCAUCACCAUCGCGCACAGGCUCCAGACCAUCGUCGACUACGACAAGGUGCUGGUGCUAGACAAAGGCAGCGUGGUGGAGUACGGACACCCGCACGAGCUAUUGGAGAAAGAGGGUAAGGAGGCUAUCUUCAGGGGAAUGUGUGAGAUGAGCGGAGAUAUGGAGGCGCUGCAGAAGACGGCGAAGAAGGCUUGGGAUGCCGGGAGGUUGGUAGAUGUUGAAUGAAUGGACGACGGACGGACGAAUAACUAGAGAAAUAGGAUAGGUAACAUAGAUAGUCGGUAAUCCCCUUGUUAAAAUGUUAAAAUAGGUUCGCUUUUUUCUCGUAUUCCUGGGUAUCGCUGCGGUACGCAGAACGGUAGAUUGAAAGACUCUCCUUACUUGGGUUCUUUGCCAAUGACCUCCAUCUCGCAAUCCGUCUCUUUUGGACUU